AUGACUCUGCGCUCUCUUGCUCUGAUGUCAUCCGACCCCGACCCCCGACCGGAGGGUGACGCGCAGCUGCUGUGUGGGCUGCGCUACCUGCACGGCCACGGCCUGGAGCACCGCGAGCUCACGCCACGCAGCGUCCUGGUGACGGCCUCCGGGCGCGUUCAAGAUCGCCGGCGGGGGCUCGCACGCUUCCUGGACAGCGCGAGCAGGGCUCCCACCCCGGCGGUGUCCCCGUCGUGGUACCGCGCCCCGGAGCUGCUGCUGCUGCGGGUGACCUGCGGCCCGGCCGCUGCCGACCUGUGGAGCGUCGGCUGCAUCUUUGCUGAGAUGUUUACACGCAGGCCUCUCUUCCCCGGAGGCUCCGAUGUCGAUCAGCUGACGGAGAUAUUCCGUCUUCUGGGCGUGCCGAGCCUGGAGGAGUGGCCGCUCGGAGCCUCCCUGCCGCACGGCGCUUUUGCCGGCCUCCCCGCUGCUCCGCGGGCUCUGGCUGACUCCGUGCCGGAGGUCGGGCCGGAGGUCGGGCCGGACAACGAGAAUUUGGCGAUGGCGCUGAUGCUGGACCUGCUGACCUUCAGCCCCCGCAAGCGCAUCUCCGCGUUGUCGCCCUGUACCAUCCGUACUUCUCUGAGGCCACAGACGUGGCCACGGGCGAGA